ACACAGGUCCAGGUCCUCCCUGAGCUCGGAGAGACUCCGCUCUUCACUCAGUUCUUCAGAGACUGGAGAGAUGCCGAGGACACAGUCGGCAUGGGAACCGCAUACGUGUCCAAUCAGAUCGCCAGGAUAGAGAAGGUUCCCUUUGAUGUAUCGAAGCUCCACCAAUCAGAGGCCAUGGCAGCACAGCAUGGGAUGGUGGACGCAGGGGACGGAGACAAACAGGUCUGGCGUGUUGAGGGGUCUCAGAGGGUUUUGGUGGAUUCAGGUUUUUUUGGUCAGUUUUUUGGAGGAGACAGUUACAUCAUCCAGUAUCACUAUCACCAUGACAACAGGCAGGGUGACCUCAUCUACAUCUGGCAGGGGGCGGAGUCCAGCCAGGACGAAGUCGGAGCGUCCGCCAUCUUGGCUGUCCAGCUGGAUGAUGAACUGGGAGGGGGGGCUGUACAGGUGCGAGUGGUUCAGGGCAAAGAGCCCGCCCACCUCCUCAGCCUGUUUAAAGGACAGCCAAUGGUGGUGCACAAGGGCGGGACUUCCAGAGAGGGGGGCCAAUCAGAGGCAGCAGAAACCCGCCUGUUUCAGGUCAGAGCCAAUCCAGCAGGAGACUGCAGAGCCGUGGAGGUGGACGUGUCCUCGUCCAGUCUGAAUUCCAAUGACGUCCUCCUGCUGAUCUCGUCUGGCGGGUCCUGGAUGUGGAGGGGGCGGGGCAGCAGCGAGGCUGAGGUCCAGGGGGCGGAGAAGCUGGCAGAUCUCCUGCAUGUGAGCCCCGCCCUGCUGGAGGAGGGCGAGGAGGCAGGUGCAUUCUGGGAUGCAUUGGGGGGGCAGCAGGAGUACUGUCGCUCGCCCCGGCUGAAGACCAGCAUGGAGGCUCGUCCUCCGCGGCUGUUCGCCUGCUCCAACAAGACCGGGACCUUCCUGAUGGAGGAAGUUCCAGGUGAGCUGACGCAGGAUGACCUCGCCCCUGAUGAUGUCAUGAUCUUAGAUACCUGGGACCAGGUGUUUGUUUGGAUCGGAAAUGAGGCUCGUGAGGAGGAGAAGACGGAGGCAGCUGCGUCAGCGGUCCGUUACCUAGAGAGCGACCCGGCCGGCAGGGACCCUCGCACUCCGACAGUGACGGUGAAGCAGGGGUUUGAACCACCGACCUUCAGCGGCUGGUUCCUGGGCUGAAACCAUGAAUACGGGACCACCAACCCGCUGCAGCACGCCGCCGCCAGCCUGUGAUUUAGUGACAUCAUAUCCUGUUUACACCUGAGGCUCGAUAAAUAAAUAAAGCUGUCAGUCAUCGCCAUGGCAACAGUGUGAUGGUGUCAUAGUUUAUUGGAGCAUCUGUUUAUAAAUACAGAAGAUAAAUAACAACAACAGAAGAAACGACAGAAGCCACAGUGAACACAGCAGAGUCCAGCACAGUCCAGUACAGUCCAGACGAGUCAACCACAGUCUAGCCGAGUCCAAUACAGUCCAGCCCAGUCCAGUGCAAUCCAGCAGAGUCCUGUACAAACCAGCAGAGUCCAGUGCAGCCCUGCAGGGUCCAGCCGAGUCCAGUACAGUCCAGCAGAGUCCAGUAGAUAGCAACAGUGUCCAGCACAGUCCAGUGCAGUUCAGCAGAGUCAACUACAGUCCAGCCGAGUCUGGUGCAAUCCAGCAGAGUCCGGUACAGACCAGCAGUGUCCAGUGCAGUCCUGCAGAGUCCAGUCGAGUCCAUCAGAGUCCAAUGGAUAGCAACAGUGUCCAGUACAGUCCAGUCCAGUCAAGUCCAGCAGAGUUGAGUCUGUGCACGAGCAGACGUGUGUGUUCACAAACUAUUUAUCACAAUUUAAAGUUUUUACUGUUUACAAUAAAAUCUGUUGUUUACAUUAAAAUCAGUAAAUUCUCUGAAACACAAACUAACGUCAAACUCUCUCAGAGCUGCGGAAGCCCAGAGUGGCCAACACAUGGAGCUGCUCCCAGUCUUUGUGCUAAGCUAGGCUAACCUGGACCUGAUGUGGGUCUGGCUUUCACGGUCCAGACAAAAGUGUCGCACUGCUCUUUUAAGACAAAAUCUAAACACAAAGAGCCUAAAAAACAAGGAAUAUAUUCAAACUGUCGACAUGUCGUCUCUUUAAAUAAAGUUUAACUUUUUUCAUCUAAACACCAGAGCCAUAUACAGACAGAGUUACAACGCUUGGCCCAAAGCUGGAAACACUGGAUCAUUCCAUUCAGACCAGAGCCAUAUACACACACAGCUGAUCCAGGUAGUCCAGCCAGACCA